UAGACAGAAUCCGGGGCUUGAUCUCAAUUCGACAGAUAUCUACCAGUUAAUGUUCAUGUCUGUCUUUGAGCUCAAUGUUCGCGGGUACUCUGACUGGACAGAUGCUUUCACCAUGGAUGAGUGGAAAUGGUUUGGGUAUACGCAAGAUCUACUAUUCUAUCACUGUGCUGGCCCCGGUAGUCAGUUUGCCAAAGCCGUGGGGGCUGUAUACGCCAACGCAUCAUUGAAAUUGUUAACUCAAGGGCCUGAGAAAGCGGGUACUAUGUUUUUCAACUUUGCCCACGACACCAACAUCACACCCAUCCUGGCAGCACUUGGUAUCUCAUCACCUGCUGAGGAUCUCCCUGUCGACAAAAUUCCUUUCCCAUCCACAUACGAGAUCGGGGAUAUCAUGCCGAUGGGUGGACAUCUAACACUCGAAAGAAUGAGCUGCAAUGCUACAGUAGCUACCGAGAAGGGGGUCUACGUACGCGUUGUACUAAACGAGGCAGUGGUUCCAUUUACUUCCUGCCAGGAAGGACCCGGCUUCUCAUGCUCGCUGGCUAACUACACUGCCAUGAUGAACCAGAUCCUUCCUGAUUUUGUUUCGGAGUGCAAGAUCAACAGCACUUUGCCGCAGCAUCUUUCUUUUUGGUGGGACUAUAAUACGACGUCUACGUACAAUCACCAGACUGCGAGGUAUAUCCCGUUCCAGGGGUCUACUUUUGUAUAA